AAACGGAUCCCGUCCCGCGUGGUCUGAUCAGUGUCGGUGCGCCCUCUCGAUUUCCUUAUUUUUAGCCAAAAUCUGUUGCUUUCGAAUCCCUAGAUCUAGCUCUGUUUUUUUAAAAAAACAAAAUCGACCUAAGGAGAACAAAAUGGUGGCGAAACCAAGGUCAAGAUGUUGUUGUUGUACUUGGUUCAUCGGUAUCAUCGUCUUAAUCGCUGUAAUUCUCGCGGUCGUUUUAACAUUCAAGCAUAGAUCAAACCACUCAGAUGACGAUCAACCUGGCUCCAUUGACAAGAAGUACGCUGAUGCUCUCAAGAUCGCUAUGCAAUUCUUCGAUAUCCAGAAAUCUGGUAAGCUAGAGAACAACAAGAUAUCAUGGAGAGGAGAUUCAGGUCUUAAAGAUGGAAGUGAAGCAAGUCUUGACCUUUCCAAAGGUUUAUACGAUGCUGGAGAUCACAUGAAGUUUGGUUUCCCUAUGGCUUUCACUGCUACAGUUCUCUCCUGGUCCAUUCUUGAGUACGGUGAUCAAAUGGCUUCUGUUAACCUAUUGGAUCAUGCUAAAGACUCUCUCAAAUGGACGACUGAUUUCCUUAUUAAUGCUCAUCCUUCUCCAAAUGUUCUCUAUAUUCAGGUGGGAAAUCCGGAGACGGAUCAUAAAUGCUGGGAUAGGCCAGAAACUAUGACUAGGAAUAGAACUCUUACCAAGAUUGAUACAGAGACUCCAGGGACUGAGGUUGCUGCAGAGACAGCAGCAGCUAUGGCUGCAGCAUCUUUAGUCUUCAAAGAAAGUGAUACCAAGUAUUCAAGCACGCUUCUGAAGCAUGCGAAGCAGUUGUUCGAUUUCGCAGACGAUAACAGGGGAUCUUACAGUGUCAACAUACCUAAGGUUCAGCCUUAUUACAACUCAACUGGAUAUGGGGAUGAGCUUCUUUGGGCUGCUUCAUGGUUGUACCAUGCAACAGAGGAUAAAACAUACCUUGACUUUGUGUCGAAGAAUGGUGAAGAGUUUGGUAAUUUUGGAAGCCCGUCAUGGUUUAGUUGGGACAACAAGCUUCCAGGAACACAUAUAUUAUUAUCAAGAUUAACCUUCUUCAAGAAAGAGUUAUCAGGAAGCAAAGGACUUGAAGGUUAUAAAGACACAGCAGAAGCUGUCAUGUGUGGGCUUAUACCAAGCUCCCCAACAGCUACAUCUAGUAGAACUGAUGGUGGUCUAAUAUGGGUUAGUGAAUGGAAUGCGCUGCAACACCCUGUAUCCUCAGCAUUUUUAGCUACACUCUACAGUGACUAUAUGCUCACCUCUGGUAUUAAGGAACUGUCUUGUGAUGAUCAAUCCUUCAAACCUUCAGAUCUCAGAAAAUUCGCCAGAUCUCAGGCUGAUUACAUGUUAGGGAAAAAUCCAGAGAAAAUGAGCUAUUUGGUGGGAUAUGGUGAGAAAUAUCCAGAAUUUGUGCAUCAUAGAGGAGCAUCGAUACCAGCUGAUGCAAACACAGGAUGCAAAGAUGGGUUCAAGUGGCUUAACUCAGAGGAACCAAAUCCGAACGUAGCUUAUGGUGCACUUGUUGGUGGACCGUUUUUGAACGACACGUUUAUAGACGCGAGGAACAAUUCUAUGCAAAACGAGCCAAGCACUUAUAACAGUGCUCUUGUCGUUGGUCUCUUGUCGAGUUUGGUUACUACGUCUUCCUCAAUAGAAUCUUUUAUAUGAGUCUUUUUUUUUUUUUUAAUUAGAAUCACACACCUUAUUUGCUUCAUUCUAUAAAUGUUAUGUAAUGUAUAAAAAUGUUAAAUGUAUACAUGGUUUUGUCGAGAGCAUUUUACAAAGGAAAUGGUCCCCAAAGAA